UUUUUCAUCUUUAACAUUUCCACCUUCCCACAAUCCCCUCCGGUGUGUGUGUCCGCACACACGGCGACAGCGCCUCUCUCGCUCUCUUUCGCUGAGUGUUUAUUAGAUUAGAAACGAAAUUUCGACCCAUUAAUUGCAAAGCAGUUGCGUAGCGUUUUGUUCCUCACCGACGGGGCAGUGAUUGUGGCGCUUGUGUUUGUAGGGAGCGCUCGCGCGUGUGCGUGUGUGUGUAUGUGUCCGUACGUGUGCUAAUAGUGGCGUUCAUCCGCAGCAGGGUACAGAGGGUACACACACUCCAAAACACAUCCCCGCUGUGCCAACGAACUUCGUUUGCCUGUCUGCCUUCCCGCCUUGGAUGUUCGCUGCGGGCCGGGCACCAGAACCACAUCCGACCGUACGUCCGGCUGCUGCCGACAGCGGUUGCAGCUGAAGAGGGCCUCGCGCCAGUUCCCUCCCCGGAACGAUGUGACCCCGAGCCGCCCAAGCGCAUCCUUAUCCGUAGCGAGCGAGCGCGCGAGCGUGUGUGUGUGUGUGUGUGUGUGUGUUGUGAACUAACCACCCAGCCCUUCUCCCACUAUCCCCCCUCCCCUGGUGCGUGGUACGUGCUAGGAGCAGGUGUGUAAAUAGUCCUAGUUUGCUUGUGCGGCCCAAAGCCGCCCUCAAUCAACCUGCACCAACAACCAUCAUUCCCUUCUUGUGCGAUAAAACGGCAGAAAGAGAACGAAAGAGUGCGUGAGAGCGAGAAGGAAAGAGUGAGAGAGCAUCAACCGAUCAACCGCCGGAAUCGGCAACUCCCCUACCCCUCCGAUCAAGCAGUUCCUCAACCAGCGGACGGCGUCCGGCAUUGUCCUUUUGAGUCCGUUUUGCCCUCAACCCGUUGCCCACAAAGCUCUCCGGGCCGCGGAGCGCCCAGCUCGAUGGCUAACGUCGACGAAAAUGGCUGUGCGGGAGCUGCACCGGAUGGACAGCAACCCUUGGAUGGAGCGUACCCACUGCGGAUUAAGGUCGUGGCCGGGCUGCAGCUGGCAAAGAAGGAUAUAUUUGGCGCUAGCGACCCGUACGUGCGCAUUGACGUAAACCAGAUCAGCGGCGACGCGACCGUUCUGUCCAAGUUCACCAAGACGAAGAAGCGGACGCUCCACCCGAAGUGGAACGAGGAGUUCAUCCUGCGCGUCAACCCGGCCGAGCACAAGCUGGUGCUGCAGGUGUUCGACGAGAAUCGGCUCACGCGCGACGACUUUCUCGGCAUGGUCGAGCUGUCGCUCGAUCAGCUGCCGAAGGAGCGGCCGGGCGUCGAGAUCCCGAUCCGUAGCUACCCACUGCGACCGCGCAGGUCAGUUCGCGCUCGUUCGAAUGUGCGGGGCGAGCUGCAACUGUACCACGCGUUCAUUGUCGAUCAGGACAGCAACGAGACUGACUGGGAGAUGGUUGACUCGAAUCCCGUCCCAAGCGUUGCCAGCACGCCGCGUACCUCGACCAGCAAUGCGGCCGCGUUCGAGCUGCCCCAGGGCUGGGAGGAGCGCCAGGACGCGAACGGUCGCACCUACUACGUCAAUCAUGUGGCCCGCUCGACCCAGUGGGAACGUCCCACGGCAGUGCCUAUGGAAGCGAUCGCCGAAAGCGAUAUGGACGUUGCAUUCCAGCGCCGGGUACACAUCAGCGUAGACGACAGCGCAACGUCGGAUACGGGCAGUGUCGGGUCGGAUCUGGCCGCCCUGCAGCUCAACACAUCGCGCAGCAACUCGCUCGUGUCCGCGUCGAACGGAAGUCUCGCGAGCAGCGCCCGUCCCGAUGGUACGGCCGAGGCGGACUCCACCCACACCGUAGUGUUGCGAUCGGGUGCUGCACCCGCUCAGUCCGCACACCGGCAUCUGAGCACACCGCCCCGGCUGCCGGCCGCGCUGGUGCGAAGCAGUACGCGGGCCGUCCCUAUACCAGGCCGGGCGGCGGCGGCGGCGGCACUGAAUCGGUCCAGAAGUGCAGUUUCGCGGUGGACAACGGUGGGUGCAGCGGGGCAGCAGCGCACGGCCCGUCCAGGCAGGCACGAGCAACUGACGGAGGAACCCGCCCAAACCACGGCCGAGGAGAACGGUGAGAACGGCGGGGUGCAGCUACGAUCGUCCGCCCAUCUGGCGGACGGUGGGCGCCGUUCGUCGAGCCGCUCGUCCAUCGGCAGUGACAGCAGCUUGCGGGCGCAGCAGCGGGCCGCAAUCGACGCAGCGGACGAGGACAUGGUGGACGGUGGCGGCGUCGGCCAGACCGUUGUGCGCAGCGGUAGCAGCCACAGUAGCAGCAGCAGCAGUGCCUCCAGCAACUUGAACGGCGACCGGCGACCGUCCACCAGUGGGGGCACCCACCCCCACCAUCAUCAGCACCACAACAACAACAACAACGGGGGUACGUUCGGCACCGGCGCAACGCACGGCAGCAACAGCAUCAACAACAACGACACGAGCGACGACCGCUCCUCGACCCGAUCCUCGACGUCGAACGAGAACGACUCGUCGGGCAGCAGCCCGUCGACUGGCGGAGGCGCCGGUUCGAUGACACUGCCGGCCGGCUGGUCGAUGCAGCUCGCCCCGAACGGGCGCGUCUUCUUCAUCGAUCACAACGAGCGCAAGACGUCGUGGGUGGAUCCGCGAACUGGCCGGGCCAGUCCGAUGCCGACCAGCCAGGGCUCGGCCGCCCUGAACGACGUGCGCCGGCCGGAGGACGGGCUAGCGCCGCUGCCGGAAGGCUGGGAGGAGCGGGUGCACAGCGAUGGCCGUAUCUUCUUUAUCGAUCACAACACCAGAACCACCCAGUGGGAAGAUCCACGGCUGUCCAUACCGAACAUCGCCGGGCAGGCGGUUCCUUACUCGCGCGACUACAAGCGAAAGUACGAGUACCUGAAGACGCAGCUACGAAAACCGCAAAACGUGCCGAACAAGAUCGAAAUCAAGGUGCGCCGUGCGUCCAUCAUGGAGGAUUCCUACCGGAUCAUCAACUCGGUCACGCGGCUCGAUCUGCUCAAGACGAAGCUGUGGAUCGAGUUCGAGGGCGAGGCAGGUCUGGACUAUGGUGGGCUGGCGCGCGAAUGGUUCUACCUGCUGUCGAAGGAAAUGUUCAACCCGUACUACGGCCUGUUCGAGUACUCGGCGAUGGACAACUACACGCUCCAGAUCAACCCGUACAGCGAGCUGUGCAACGAGGACCACCUGCUGUACUUUAGAUUCAUUGGCCGGAUCGCCGGCAUGGCGGUGUACCACGGCAAGCUGCUCGAUGCGUUCUUCAUCCGGCCGUUCUACAAGAUGAUGCUGCAGAAACCGAUCGACCUAAAGGACAUGGAGGCGGUCGACACCGAGUACUACAACUCGCUCGUCUGGAUCAAGGAGAACGACCCGAGCGAGCUGAUGCUGACGUUCUGCGUCGACGAGGAAACGUUCGGGCAGACGACGCAGCACGAGCUGCUGCCGAACGGGGCCGACAUCGACGUGACGAACGAGAACAAGGACGAGUACAUCCGGCUGGUCAUCCAGUGGCGGUUCGUGUCGCGCGUCCAGGUGCAGAUGCAAGCGUUCCUGGACGGGUUCGGUUCGCUGGUGCCGCUCAACCUGCUCAAGAUCUUCGACGAGCACGAGCUGGAGCUGCUGAUGUGCGGCAUUCAGAACAUCGACCUGCGGGACUGGAAGCGCAACACGCUGUACAAGGGCGACUACUACCCGAACCACGUCGUCAUCCAGUGGUUCUGGCGGGCGGUGCUGUCCUUCUCGAACGAGAUGCGCGCCCGGCUGCUGCAGUUCGUGACCGGCACGUCCCGCGUCCCGAUGAACGGCUUCAAGGAACUGUACGGCUCGAACGGCCCGCAAAUGUUCACGAUCGAGAAGUGGGGCACGCCGGAAAACUACCCCCGGGCACACACGUGCUUCAAUCGAUUAGACUUGCCACCGUACGAAAGCUACCAGCAGCUGAAGGAUCGUCUCAUUCAGGCCGUCGAGGGCAGUCAGGGUUUCGCCGGCGUCGAUUAGAUAUGUUAGCGAUACUCACGGUGUCUGCCUGUGCUUUGGUGCGGUCGCUUGCUGCAGCACAGAGAGAGAGAGAGAGAGAGAGAGAGAGAGAGAGAAGACACAUAACAUACACACGCCCCGUCCACACACAGUAUGCCAUCACACGUUCAAUAAGAAGAAACGAAACAACAAUACGGUUAGAGAAAUUUCUUAGCUUCGCAAACACCACAUGGAUGCGCUCCCUUCUCCGAACCCCCCCACUGUACGCCGUCAGCCGGGGCUGCAUUCAGUCCGACAGAUCGGCCAAGCCAAGAAAGAUGCUGGCGGUGGGACGGCUCAUGACAAUCAAGUGUACACACCCUCGGGGCGGGGGUUUGCUCAAACAUGUGCGGUUAGUUAGGUUAGGCGUAAUAGAAAUAGCUAGGCUCUAGGGAUAGGAGAAGACGGUUGCGGCAGGACAACGCAGCAACACAGGCCCGGUGAGCGAAACUUAAACAACGUGAUAUUUGAUACCAGCUGCCAAAAAAGAAAGGAAAACAAGGAAAAAGAAACAUAUUCGAAGGGUAGAAACUCUUGUGCGCGAAAACCAAACGGCAACAAACCGUGCAAAAUCAAACAAACAAACAAAAAAACACCAUCAUCGCAAUCAUCGCGAAAUGAUAAACAAAAACUCGUAGGCAUACGUU